CACGAUGUUUCAGCCCCUGACCACAGCCUCGCAGCUUCGCGCUGCGGUAUCAAGUGGGCGGUGCCGUACCCUCCCCCUGUCCCAGGCGCAGAGUGAGCCCCUCCCAGGGCCUGCCAGAACUUCGGAAGCUGACUGCGCGGCUGCAGGCAUUCUCCCUGCGCCGUGCGGGGUUGAGCCAAACUCCAGUGGCAGCGUGCAAAGAGGAGGCUGGAGUCCGGGUGGAAAAUGGAGAAGGAGAGUCGCUUCCAGAUCUCUAAAGAAGUGUCUGACAUCUUCAACGCCCCUAGUGACGACGAAGACUUCGUCGGCUUCCGAGAUGAUGUUCCCGUGGGAACGCGCCCAUCGGAGGAGAGCCGCAAUAGUUUCGGCUCCCUGGAGUCGGGGAAGCAGCAGGGUGUGCACUUCCGUUCCAAGUACUUCACAGAAGAGCUAAGAAGAAUUUUUGUGGAGGACACUGACUCGGAGGAUUUUGAGGGAUUUACACAGAGCGAUCUGAAUGUAAACAGUGUCUCAGAAGUAAAGCUCGAGGAGUCCGAUUUGAGUGAUGAUGGUAAGGCAUUGGUAGUGAGUGAGGAGGAGGAAGAUGAUAAAGAAGAAGAAAAGGCUACGCCUAGAAGAAGCAGGCCUAGAAGAAGCAGUGUUGGUCUUCGAGUGGCCUUGCAAUUCCCCACCAAGAAAUUGGCCAAAAAAUCUGAUAAAAACGAUUCUUCUGAGCCGCUGUUUUCUAGCUCACACCUCCCGGACAAUAAAAAAAACAUUAUUGGGAGAAAAAGAAGUUACGAAGAAGGGGAGGAAAGGGAAGAUUCUGCCUCCGAGUGUGAGGACGAGGGCCAGGAGAGCUCAGAUGCGCUGCUGAGAAGGGCCAUGAACAUCAAGGAGAACAAGGCCAUGCUUGCUCAGUUAUUGGCGGAAUUGAACUCAGUGCCAGAUUUCUUCCCAGUGCGAACCCCGACCUCGGCUUCUAAGAGGAAAACCUCGAGGCGGGCCUUCUCCGAGGGGCAGAUCACCAGGCGCAUGAACCCCACCCGGAGUGCGCGGCCGCCGGAGAAGUUCGCUCUGGAAAACUUCACUGUCUCAACCAGCAAGUUUGCAGACGAGUUCUACGGUUUCAGAAGACGGAAGACAAUCAGCGGGGGGAGGUGCCAGGGCACGAAACGGCGCCACCGGCUCGCUCCUUUCCGGGCGGUGGAGGACAUCACCGAGGAGGACCUGGGCAAUGUGGCCCUGACAGUUCGAGACAAAAUCUAUGACAAAGUCCUGGGUAACACGUGCCAUCAGUGUCGGCAGAAGACCAUCGACACCAAGACGGUGUGUCGGAACCAGAGCUGCGGAGGGGUGCGGGGGCAGUUCUGUGGGCCAUGCCUGCGGAACCGCUACGGGGAGGACGUGAGAGCGGCUCUGCUGGACCCGAACUGGAUCUGUCCUCCCUGCCGUGGGAUCUGCAAUUGCAGUUACUGCAGGAGACGCGAUGGCCGCUGUGCCACGGGGAUCCUCAUUCACCUGGCCAAGUUUUACGGCUAUAACAACGUGAAGGAGUAUCUGGAGAGCUUACAGAAGCAGCUGGUGGAAGACAAUUAAGAGGAAGAAGAACCGGGCAGCUCGCCUCGCAUACUCCCCACAAGAUGUGCCCUACGUACCAUUUGUGCCUAAGAUUUUUUUAUAUGGUUGUGUUUUUAUAUAGAAACUCUUAGUAGAUCUAAAUACUAUUUGUUUUAAAGAGUGUUUAUGUGCUUACAAAGAUUUCUCAGGAAGACAGCUAAGCACCUCGAGGAAUCUGUGUACGCAGGACUGUUUGAAUUGUUAAGUGUCUGCAGGUGAUUAAAAAGCACAGUUAAAGUUCAGGUAAGUUUGAGAAAACGCUGCCUGAGGAGCUCUUGCCUUUGACACCGUUUAACUGUCGACGUUGCCUUGAUACUUCACUUCCCAAGCAGUAACUCCAGGCCACGGUUUCACCGGGGUUACUGCCCCUGUCCCUUGCCUUAUCCUGACCUCAGUUCAAACCACGUGGUUUCGACCUGCUCCGUGUGAUUGGAAAUUGAAAUUGACAGAUGUUCCCCUAAAUUACAGAGUGCAAUUAACCGCGGAACUUGAGUGUUCUAGAGUUUUAUUUUGUAUUAAAACUUGAAUGAACGAAAAGCGGACUGUCAGUUUCUGACACUGGAGGCCUCGGAGCGCCUGCUGCUUGGGGACGGUCGCUUCUGGAUUUUAAGAGAAUGUGAGAGCUAAUUUUUAAUUUAAAAAGAUUCUGUUUAGUAUCUCAUAAGAGCUCAGAUCCCACUUACUGACCAGGAGACUUCCAGCCCCAUUAUUUUCGAGGUUGUAUUUUCAGUGGAACCUCGAUGAAAAUGUGACAGGUGCUCUGUGUGCGUGUGCAUGUGCGUGUGUGUGUGUGUGGUGGGAUGGGUGCUGGGGAAACUUAAAAAUUAAUAUGUUCUGACUGGGUUUGGCUUCUUUCUUUUCCCCUCUCUAAGGAUGGUGUUUAAAAAAAAUUAAUGCACAGUUACUUAAAAGGUACAGAAACUGGGAUGUCUUAUGCCUGUCAGUAGAGUAAGUUCAUGUGCAGGAGAGCGGCGCAGGGACACGACGGAAACCCUCACUGCGUCCUGGCCGAGGGUGGUCGGUCGCCUAGGCCUCCAGCAGCAGAGCCACGCCUGCCAGGACCCACUUGGCUGUCUUCGCUCUGCUCCUCAACCUGAAGGUCCAGAUGUAGUUGGGGCCCCUCGCCUUGGUUCUGUACACAGGGCACUCGUAGGUGUGCUUGGUCUCCUGUCUGUCCACGGGGACGGCUCUGGCAAAGACGACAGGCAUCGCCGACGUCAGCUCCUUGAGGCGGGCGUCCACGAUGGUGCCUGCCUGGGCGUCCCAUCUCGCACCUGCAGCAGAAACAUGGGGGUCGCUGUGGUGGGCCAUGGGGGGACCGAUCUUGUCACUGUUGCAGGCAAUAAAUGUUCCAGUUCUGUCACGUGA